CAAUGUCAUGAAAGGCCAUUAAAUUGGGCUUUUGGUUUAGUAAUGAGGCUUAAAUGAAAGUAAGAUUGAAUCAUGCAGCUUCACGAGUGUGUGUUUAAUCCAGGUGCAUCCUGACUUUCCUCCUCCUCAGGUUUCUUCUGUCUUCUCCUUCAUCUCAUUCUUCUCGGAGAGCCAAUCAGAGCUCGCGUACCUGCAGGAAGUUUGACCCGUUAUUCUCCUCCCUCAUAAAACAUCAUGCCCUCCCUCACUAGUGACCUCCCGCUUUCGCUCAUCGCAACCUGACGAACUGCAUGGAAGCAGAAGUCACAGGAUUGUUCUCCAGCCAUGCAGUUCCAGCCCUCGCACGCUCCUCUUUAUGCGCCGACGCCCGCGCCGCCCGCUCACCCGACGCCCUUCUACAUCGAGGACAUUCUGGGCAGAAACGCGUCCGCGCCUGGCCCGGUGGCGCCCACGCCGACCCUGCCGUCUCCAAACUCGUCGUUCACCAGCCUGAUCCCGUCUUACCGGACCCCGAUCUACGAGCCCACGCCGAUCCACCCGGUUCUGACCCAGCAGGCGCUCGCUUACGCGUCCAUCUACCCGUUCCAGCGAGACUUUACGCACGCGCUGAUCCGCCACGACCCGCUGGGUAAACCUCUGCUGUGGACGCCGUUCAUCCAGCGUCCUAUGCACAAGAGGAAAGGCGGACAGGUUCGCUUCUCCAACGACCAGACCCUCGAGCUGGAGAAGAAGUUCGAGACCCAGAAGUAUCUGUCUCCUCCCGAGAGAAAGAGACUCGCUAAGAUGCUGCAGCUCAGCGAGAGACAGGUGAAAACCUGGUUCCAGAACCGGCGGGCGAAAUGGAGGCGAUUGAAACAGGAGAAUCCUCCGAGCGGUAAGAGAGAUGUGGAGGACUCGGUCGAGCAGAGAAACUCGGACAGAUCGAGUCCAGGCGAGUCUGAGGAUUCAGAUCAAGAGCUGGACAUCGAGGAGGACCCACACUUCUCCAUCAACCCUCAGCUAUGAGUCCAUCAUCUCAGCACUGUACAUACUGUAUCAUACUGUACAUUUAGUAGCACAAUUAACUUAAUGGAUGUGUAGAUUUCGAUCCAAACCUGUAUCUGGUGUCUCGUGGAAAAUAUUUUGUGUUAGUCAAUAAAUAUUUUGGGGAUAAGGUUUCUGUUUAAUUUGCCUUUUUAAUGCAUAAUUAUGCAAAAUUCAUAUUUCUAAAAGAUGAAGGUUAAAUGAGAACCUUAAAUGGUUUCAAAGUGCAUGAUUUGAGCUGUUAUCUGCUUACACACAUUUUCAAAACUUCACACACAAAUGCAAGAACUGCACACAAAAUGCAAAA